GUGUAUAGCUAUAUAAAUCGAUCACCACAUCAACCAUUUUUAUGCUAUCUGUAAUACUAUAGAGCUCUGAGGAACUCUCAGCUGGCACUACUAAACUUAGACUACAACAGACAUAUGUCCCUGGUGGGUAACAGCCUACACUGUGAAGGUGCCAGUGAGCUGGUUACAGCCCUAGCGACCGUCUGCGAAGGUGUGGACGAACAAACGAAGCCUCCGCUAUCAAGGCUACACUUGCAAGACAACGGGAUUGACGUUCUUGGAGAAAGAGGUCUGGUCGAAACUGUUGUCUUCACAAGGAUGUUGAAAAGGUGGCUUCUGAGUAGUGAAGUUGUUGAGGAGGUGGAUUUAGGUGGCAACUGGAUUGGUGAUGCUGGUGGAAGAGAGCUUCUCACUGCACUACAAGAACGGAAAGAAGCUGGGCUGAAAGCUGUGAGAUUGACAGUAACACACAGAAUGUCUGCAGAAAAUUUUGCCGCCAUUUUCGAGCUCGGGAGAGUAGGUAAAAGGAAAGGCGGAAAGAAGAGAGGAAAAGAGAAAAAAGAAGUAAUCAUCAUUUUUUCCCAAACGUGCCGCGCCACGCGUUUGGGUGUGGCUCGAAAACCGCGAAGGGGGCAGGGCUCCGUUUCGCUGCGUUUUAGUGAACUGGAAAUGGCUAGACGAACGGUGGUGAUUCUGGUAGCAUGGCUUGGGCUCCUGACGCUGUUAGCUCUCUGCAUCACUAUCAAGCUAACAUCCAGCUCCACUGGCGACAGCUUGCUGCGGGAGGACAGACGCAGACUACCAGAUCCACCCCCUGUCAGAGACGUAUUGAGGCCGGGUCUUGGAAUGCUAGAAAAGUCAGAAUACGUUGCCUCUGUUGUGAACACGCUGCUCAACAGCACGGAGACCCACGACCAGAGAGCCGCAUUCGAACAAGUGGUAGCGCUCAGCUCUCUGCUACCUAGACUCACCAACAUCUCGAGGCUAGCUACACCCUCCCCCGAGGCAUUUCGCAACUACGUAGCCCCAGUCGGGCUCCCCGUCAUAUUCACUGACAUGCUGAAAGGCUCACGCUUGCAGAAGUGGUCGUGGGACUAUGUAAGAGCAAAGUGGGGUCACCACGUCUUCCACAACACUCGCCAGGGAAACUACUCCUCCAAAAAGUCCGCCUCGGGAAAGUAUUCUGUGAACCGCGUCUCCAUCACGCUGGGCGAUUUUAUCGACGUGGCGACGGGUCGCAGAGAACCCAGGGUGUCGGAGGUCGGUCUUUACAUAACUAAGCAGAAGAUAAUUCCACCCGAGGACCUAGAAACCGAGUUUGUGUACCCGCCGUUUUACCCAGGCCCGCACAAAACCUGCUACCUGGAACCAACGGCCUGGAUUGGAGCUCCUGGGACAUUUACACAAGGACACAUUGACAGCAAGGACAACUUUGCCUACCAAAUCCUCGGCAGCAAGCAAUGGACAAUUUUCCCACCGACCGACUACAAAUAUCUCUACUACGUCCAGAGAGCUGGCAGCCUAGAAUGGAGCACUGCUCUGAACAGCUUCACUGUGCCAGACUUGAAAAAGUUUCCGCUUUUCGCCAGGGCCACACCGAUAACCUUUACUAUGGAGUCGGGUGAAGUACUCUAUCUUCCUCGGGGCUGGACACACACGGUUAGGAACCUCACGCCAGCUCUAAUGAUAAACACGUGGCGCUACGGACCAGCCGCCAUAACAGAGCUUUGGUCAAAGAAAAACGGAGCAGAAAUCAGACAAAAAUGUUUUCCUUCACACUGA